AUGGCGACGAAACCCCUCAUUACGCAUCUGUAUACCGCAGACCCUUCAGCCCAUGUGUUUAACAACAAGCUCUAUGUCUACCCUUCUCAUGAUCGAGAAACAGACAUCGCCUUCAACGACAAUGGCGACCAGUACGACAUGACGGACUACCAUGUGUUCUCCAUGGACUCAAUCGACGGCUCUGUCACCGACCACGGCGUUGUUCUGACGGCUGACGACGUUCCCUGGGUCUCCAAGCAAAUGUGGGCGCCCGAUGCAGCGACUAAGAACGGCAAAUACUAUCUAUACUUCCCCGCCAGGGACAAGACCGGGAUUUUCCGCAUUGGGGUCGCCGUCUCAGAUUCCCCUGAAGGCCCUUUUGUCCCCGAGCAGAAUUACAUUCCAGGCAGCUAUAGUAUCGAUCCGGCCUCUUUUGUUGACGAGGAUGGCCAGGCUUACUUAUACUUUGGGGGCAUCUGGGGCGGCCAACUCCAAUGCUGGUCGCAGCCCACAUCCGACAGCAAAGGAACCGACGAUGUGAAUGGUCUGGUCUUCGAUGCCUCUAAAUCAGGUCCUCAGGAGCCGUCAGGACAGGGCGUCUCUGCUCUCUGUCCUCGAGUCGCGAGGCUGAGUGACGACAUGCUCAGCUUCGUCUCGCCGCCACAAGAUCUGCAAAUCUUGGCUCCAGAAACGGGCGAGCCAAUCGCGGCGGAUGACCAUGAGAGACGCUUCUUCGAGGCUGCGUGGAUGCAUCGCUAUAAUGGCAAAUAUUACUUCUCGUACUCGACUGGAGACUCGCAUUAUCUCGUCUACGCGACGGGGACAUCACCUCUGGGCCCGUUCACGUACGAAGGUCGCAUUUUGGAGCCGGUGCUGGGAUGGACGACGCAUCAUUCUAUCGUCGAAUUUAAAGGACGGUGGUUCUUGUUUUAUCAUGAUUGCGAGUUGUCGGGAGGUGUAGAUCAUCUGCGGUCUGUCAAGGCAAGGGAGAUUGUGUAUGACAAGGAAGGGAGGAUUAAUCUAGCUUAA